AUUUCCAAUGACGUCAGCUGCGUCAACUAAUCUGCGUUAAAUGCAAUGCGAGAUCCUGCUUUUCUCCUUUAUCUCGGUUCCACUCCCCCAACACACAGAACCAGCUCGUCAACCUCAGAAGAGUUUUAACUUCUGAAACUGCUGGAAGUGUUCCAGUGGUGAAGUUAAAUUUCUAAAGAGCGCGACAAGUACAAGAAAAUAAAGUAACAUUUCACAAUGUUCCAUUAAAAAAAAAAACUUUUUCUACCUUACUACCAAAAAAAAAAUAAUUAAAAAUUAAAAAGUGUUAACUCCAAUAGCAAAAAAAAAAAAAAAUGAUUUUACUCCCAAGUUUUCUGCUCUUUCUCGGACUUUUGGCCAAUUCAGUGUUCACAAGUACUCUACGAACGUCAGCAAUUGAAGAUUUCAUUCAACCCCAUUAUAUACAUUACGAUGAAUUAAAGCAAUUAUUUCAAAAUCUCACCAUUCAAUAUCCGGAUUUAGUGAAAAUUCAUUCAAUUGGAAAAUCUGUUGAGAAUCGAGAACUAUUGGCAAUUGAAAUAUCGAAAAAUGUCGCGCAACGUGAUAUUGGUGAACCAAUGGUUAAAUAUGUCGCGAAUAUGCAUGGCGACGAAUCAGUUGGCAGGGAACUUCUCAUUUAUCUCGCACAAUAUCUUCUUCAUAAUUAUGGAAAGGAUCAACGAGUAACGAGGCUCGUCGAUAAUACGGAUAUAUUUUUAAUGCCCUCGAUGAAUCCAGAUGGUUUCGAAAAAGCAGAGGAGGGCGAAUGUAAUCCAAAUACUGAUUACAUGGGAAGAAAAAAUGCGAAUAAUGUGGAUUUGAAUCGUGAUUUUCCGGACCAAUUCGAUAGGUCUUCAAAUAAUGUUGGACAUGGUCACACUCUUGCUGAAGGAAGAGAAAAGGAAACUGUUGCAAUGAUGACGUGGAUUUCGACCGAACCCUUUGUUUUGUCUGGAAAUUUUCAUGGCGGAGCUCUUGUUGCCAGUUAUCCUUAUGAUUCAGGAAUUUUCAAAAGUUGCUGCGAAGAAAGCAAAUCACCGGAUGAUAAUCUUUUUAAAUAUCUUGCCCAUACUUAUGCUGAUAAUCAUCCAACAAUGAGAAAGGGAAAUUCCUGUUCAUAUGAAGAAUUCAGACAUGGAAUUACUAAUGGAGCUAACUGGUAUGAAGUGACUGGAGGAAUGCAAGACUUCAAUUAUGUUCAUUCAAAUGCCUUUGAAAUAACAUUUGAAGUGAGCUGCUGUAAAUAUCCACAAGCUCAAGAAAUGCCUCAUCAUUGGAAUUUAAAUAAAGAAUCACUUUUGAAAUAUCUCGAGCAAGCGCAUAUUGGAAUAAAGGGAACUGUCACCGAUGAAAAUGGACAGCCAAUUGAGGACGCAAAAAUUAUUGUCGUCGGAAUUAAUCACAAUAUUGUCACAACAAAUCGUGGCGAGUAUUGGCGUCUUCUUCUUCCCGGACAGUACACAGUUUACGCCACUGCUUGGAGAUACAAACCAAGCAAUCGAAAUAUUGUGACUGUCGGCAAGAAUGACGUGGUCAACUUAAAUUUUGUUCUCGAGUCAGAGCCCUUCAACGCACAAGUUCGUCCAAGUUCUCGAAAAUUAUUGAAUCUGGUGAAACCACGUGAUAAAUAUGGAUUUUAUCAUCAUUACGAAUUCAUUCAUCACAAUUACACGGCAAUGGAGAAAUUUCUGAAGGAAUUGAGCGAAAAUUAUCCGAGUAUUACGAGGCUUUAUAGUGUUGGACGUUCGGUGGAAAAUCGAGAACUUUAUGUAAUGGAGGUGACAGAAAAUCCUGGAAUUCAUAAUAUCAGUAAGCCAGAGGUGAAGUAUAUUGGAAAUAUGCACGGAAAUGAAGUUGUGGGUAGAGAGGUACUUUUAAUGUUGAUCAAGUAUCUUUGCGAGAAUUAUGGAUCUGAUGAGAGGGCCACAGGAAUUGUUAAUGGUAUUAGAUUACACGUGAUGCCGAGUAUGAAUCCGGAUGGAUAUGAAAUUUCUGUACUUGGUGACAUCGAUGGAGUUAAGGGUAGAGAAAAUGCCCAUAAGGUUGAUUUGAAUAGAAAUUUCCCAGAUCAGUAUUUCACGUCAGGGGAAAAUCUUAAGCAAGAACCUGAGACGGAAGCAGUAAUGAAGUGGAUUUCAGAAAUACCCUUCGUUCUGUCAGCAAAUCUUCACGGUGGUGCUCUGGUAGCAAAUUAUCCAUACGAUGAUGGACCGACGAAAAAUUGGUCAACUGAUAAUCUAACACCAGACAAUGAAAUUUUUAAAAUGAUCUCAUUGGUUUAUUCUAAAACACAUCCAAGUAUGCAUCUUGGUGAAGGAUGUCCCGAUCCUCUUAGAUUGGGAAGAAAAGGAGUUCUGCAGGACGCUUUUCCAAAUGGAAUCACAAACGGCGCUAAAUGGUAUUCUGUACCCGGUGGUAUGCAGGACUAUAAUUACCUCAAAAGCAAUGAUUUUGAAAUAACAUUAGAACUUGGUUGUACUAAGUAUCCGCUUGCCGAUAAACUGCCAGGAUUUUGGUUGGAUAAUAAAGACGCAUUACUAGCUUUUAUCGAAAUGGCACGAAAAGGUGUUCACGGUAAAGUUCACUCUUCAAUUGGAGGGAAAAUUAAUCACGCUCGAAUUUCUGUACAAGGGAACGAGCAUGUAAUUUACACUGCAGAAGAUGGUGACUAUUGGAGAAUUUUACUACCAGGAACUUAUAAUAUCACAGCAUAUGCACCUGGCUAUGAGACUGUUUCUCAAAAUGUCACUGUUCCUGAAGACUCCUCUGGUCUUCCAGGAGAAGUAACACUAGAUUUUACCCUGAUGCACGACGAUCCAACUACUUGGAAUUCUAAUUACGAUUUCGGUCUUAGGACAAAUAUGAGGCAUGGUUAUCUUAAAAAUAAUGAACUCAGUGUAAUGUUGAAACAACUGGAGAAUCGACAUGCGAAUCUGGUGCAAUUUAUCGCAAAGAAUUCAAAAAUCUCCACGGACAUUCAGUCUCUAAAAGUUACUGAAAAUAUUGGUUCACCAGAGGAGAACAAGUUGCAUAUUGGUCUCUUCGGUGGAUUGUUCGCAACUCAGCCGAUUGGAAGGGAAAUAUGGUUGCGAAUGGCGACACACAUUAUAAUGGGUUUUGAUAUUGGCGAGCCGCCAAUAAAAAAUUUGUUGGCCAAUGCCGUUUUGCAUUUUCUACCUGCGAUCGAUCCAGGCUUUGAAAAUGUACCCGAAACUUGCAAUUAUGAUAUUGACAACGAAAUUGGAAAGAAUUUCGUUAAUAUGCAGAAUAAAUCAGAAAAAGCCGAUCCAACCACAGAUGCCUUUCUGAAACUGUUGAAGACUGAAAAAUUAGAUACUAUUAUAAUUCUAGGUGGUGGUUCUUCUGAAAUUGGUUCAACACCUGAUGAUCUAAAUGUGUACAAGACACUUUCUAAUAAUUAUGCGAAUUCCAUAGCGCCUAAGAAAUGUAACGAACUGAACAAUGGUCUCGAAAUUACUAGAAAGUUUAUUAAGGAAACAUUCAAUACACCUGUGAUUACAAUUCCACUCUCAUGCUGUAAAUACCCGGCGAAGGACAAAGUUUUCCCUCUUUGGCGGGAGAAUCUUCCACCAUUAAAAGAACUUUUGCUUUCGUUAACAACUGGAAUUCGUGCUCUGGUAACAAACGAAGCUGGCGAACCGCUUCGCAACGCCAAAAUUAAAAUAGGAUCAUCAAUUUAUAAUGUUUCUAAAAAUAUGGCUUACUUCCUCCUAACUCUCACGCCCGGUGAUUAUAAAUUCACAUUUUCCUGCGAAGGCUACGAGUCUGUGAUAUUUUCCGUCCAUGUCAACGAACACGUAAUGACCGAUUUCAAUAUUAUUCUAAAACAAUCGAAAGCAUUCGAUAAAAAUUUAGAUCAAGUCACUCUAAGCGAUAGUAGUAAACAAUUGAAGGUACUUAAUGCGAAUUAUAUGCAAAUCACAGAAUUGAAAAUUAUUGGCAAGAGUUCAAUGGGAAAUAUUGUUGCUGGCUUAAGAAUAUCCUCUCAAAAGGGGGGGAAAUUUGAGAAACCUUCUUUGGUAUUCAUGUCCGGUAUUGGAUCGGGCGAUCCUCUCACUUCGAAGAUUCUCAUUUCGCUAGCUACUUAUAUGCUCAAGGAACAGGAGAGGAGUAAACGAAUUAGGAGUAUUUUGGAAAAAGUUGAUCUUUACUUUGUGCCGGAAAUUUAUUCAAAUGGAAAGAAAAAAACUUGCUCUACAAAAUCGGAAAAUGAUGGGAAAUUUAUCGAACCACUUGGCCAUGAUGAGCAAAUGCUUAUCAAUUGGUUUGAAGAGAUCAAUCCAAUUUUGACCGUAAAUCUAAAAACUGGAGCUCGAACUCUACAAACAUCAUCCAAAGCUCAAGAAUUCGAAACAUUCCUCAACGACUUAGUGAAUGAGUACAAAAAAUACAAUCCUUUGAUGGAUUCUCAAAAAUCGAAGUGCCAAGAAAAAGUUAAAAAUUCUAAAAAUAUUACCGAAGACUCUUUAAUGAACUACGCAUUUCAUAAUUCAAAUUCACUGUAUUUGAAUAUUUAUGUUAGUUGUUGCAAUACUGAUAAUGCAGAAACAGUUUGGAAUGAAAAUAAAGAAAGUCUGUUAAUUUUAAUGGGUGCAGUGAAUAAAGGAGUAUUUGGUUUGGUAGUCGAUGAAAAAGGUGAUGCAAUUGAAAAUGGACUUUUGUCGCAUGAUUUAUCGCCACAUCGAGUGAAAACUUUUAAGAAUGGAGCAUUUUGGAUGUUAUUAACUGCUGGAUCUCAUGUUAUUACGGCCAGUGCGCCUGGUCACAUUAAAGAAACGAGAUUAGUCGAUCUCCCUGAACUUCUCAAGUUCACUUACUUAAAGUUUCAGCUUAGAAGGGAUAAAAAUGUUCUUGGAGUGCCAAGACUCGCCUUUGUCUUCAUAGCUGGAACUGCGGGAUUUAUAGUUGUUGUACUUAUUACAUUAGUAUUUAUGAAGUAUCAGUCGUACCUGAAAGAGAAGAGAACCAACAGGAGGGCUUAUUUAUUCCGUCCACUUGCGUCCGGAACGAGUUUCUUUGAUGAUGAUGAGAAAGAAGUCGAAAUAUUCAAAAGGCCUAUCAAUAAUAGUAAUUCAGAAACUUGAAUACAGUUACUAUUGCCCUUUUAUAUUAAUUUAAUGUUUAUAUAUACAUACAUAUAUAUAUAUAUUAUAUUUAUACGAUAAUUUUUAUGAAAUAAAGAUAUUUUUUAAUAAAUACAAAAAACA